UUGGCGUUCGGUACUCGGUCAUACUGCUGCAAAAACAUAAAAACACAGAUAAAAACAAAUAAUUUACUGCCUUUGUUAGCCCCAGGCUAUUAUCAGCUAAUCUUACUGGGUUGAGCACUCGCUUUUGUCCAGUGCGCCAGUUAAACUUUGCACUCCAUCGAUACACCAUGGCAGCCUUCCAAAUGGGAUCGGGUCACGCGGUGCCCAUGAGCCUUUUCCGGAACAACAGGGAUCGCGCCGUCAAGGCCAUCCUCCAGGAGCUGCUCCCGGGCCUCAAGUUCGAUGCGGGCAACCUGCUGGUGCUCCUCGAGGGCGGCAAGGAUCAGAGCCUGUACAACACGGACGUGGACUAUCUGUUCCGGCAGGAGUCCUUCUUCCAGUACCUCUUUGGGGUCAAGGAGCCGGGCUGCUACGGCAUCCUCGUCAUCGACGUGAAGACGGGCGGCCAGAGGAGCGUUCUGUUUGUGCCCCGCUUUCCCGACGAGUAUGGGACCUGGAUGGGUGAACUGCUCAGCCCGCAGGACUUCAAGGUCAUGUACGAGGUGGACGAGGUGCUCUAUGCCGACGAACUCAACGUCUAUCUGGAGGGGGCGUCGCCCAAGCUGAUACUCACGCUGAGCGGCACCAACAGCGAUAGCGGACACACCCUCCAGCCGCCGGAGUUCGAGGGCAAGGAGAAGUACGUGACCGACUGCGAUCUGCUUUAUCCCAUCCUGUCCGAGUGCCGGGUGAUCAAGUCGCCCGAGGAGAUCGAGGUGCUGCGUUACGUGGCCAAGGUCUCGUCGGAUGCCCACAUCCGGGUGAUGAAGUUCAUGCGUCCUGGCCGCAUGGAGUUCGAGGGCGAGUCGCUCUUCCUGCACCACGCCUACUCCGUGGGUGGCUGCCGGCACGCCUCCUACACCUGCAUAUGCGGCAGCGGGACGAACUCUGCCAUCCUACACUACGGCCACGCCGGAGCUCCCAACAGCCGACCCGUCCAGGAUGGUGAUCUCUGUCUGUUCGACAUGGGGGCCAACUACUGCGGCUACGCAGCAGACAUCACCUGCACCUUCCCGGCCAACGGCAAGUUCACCGACGACCAGAAGUUCAUCUACAACGCCGUGCUGGCUGCCCGCAAUGCGGUCACGGAGGCGGCCAGAGACGGAGUGUCCUGGGUGGACAUGCACAAGCUGGCGGGCCGUGUGCUGCUGCAGUGCCUCAAGGAGGGCGGCAUGCUCAAGGGCGAUGUGGAGGAGAUGCUGGAGGCAGGCGUCUCCGGGGUGUUCCAGCCGCACGGCCUGGGCCACUUGGUCGGCCUGGAUGUGCACGACGUGGGUGGCUACCUGCCCGGUGAGCCGAAGCGACCCAGCGAGCCGUGGCUGAGCAAGUUGCGCUUUGCCCGCGUCCUCAGGGCCGGCAUGUAUGUGACCAUCGAGCCGGGCUGCUACUUCAUCAACUGGCUGAUGGACAGCGCGUUGGCCGAUCCCAAAAUCGGUAAGUACAUCAAUGUGGAGAUGUUCAACCGCUUCCGAGGAUUCGGCGGCGUGCGCAUAGAGGACGAUGUGCUGAUUACUAAAACUGGUGUCGAGAAUUUUGCAAUUGUGCCCCGGACAGUUGAGGAAAUCGAGGCAGCCAUGAGCUCGCCAUGAAUACAACCAUCGGCUUGGGCAAUCUAUUUACACUUAUGCAUAUGUAAUAUACUUGUAACAUAAUCAAAUUAUGGAAUAAUCAAUAAAUAAAUAUAUUGAGGUCUGAUGAAUACAA